AUGUGUCGUGCACGUGUCAAUUCGGUCCAAGGUUAUUUUCUAGCAGGAAGAUUUAUGACAUGGCUUCCUGUUGGAGCAUCUUUAUUUGCCAGUAAUAUUGGCAGUGAGCAUUUUAUUGGUCUGGCCGGAUCUGGAGCUGCUAAAGGCAUUGCUGUUGGGGCUUUCGAAUUCAAUGCUGCUAUUUUGUUGCAAUUGUUGGGAUGGGUUUUCCUACCAGUUUACAUAUCUAGUGGCGUUUAUACUCUACCUGAUUAUAUGAAAAAACGCUUUGGCGGUUCUAGAAUCAGGAUAUACCUAACUGUGCUAUCACUUAUUCUAUAUAUUUUCACCAAGAUUUCUGUUAAUUUAUACUCUGGUUCACUUUUCAUAAAUGAAGCCCUUGGAUGGAAUGUUUGGUUCUCGAUUCUUUUUAUUCUCGUUAUGACCGCUCUAAUCACAAUCACAGGAGGUCUUGCGGCGGUUCUUUACACUGAUCUAGUUCAAACUAUUGUGAUGAUUUUUGGAGCUAUUUUACUUACCGGAAUGGGUUUUAGUAAAAUCGGGGGAUUUCCGGGUUUAUUGGCUCAUUACGGUUCUGCAGUCUCGGCAAUCAAUUUAAGUUCGCCAGAGGGGGAGUCUCUGAUUUUGAAUAUUGAAAGUGUAGCAUCGUCAAUUUCCUUGGCCGAUAUCAAUCCUUCCGUAGACUCUGUGGCUGCCUCACCCAACAUUUCCACUAAUCUAACUUGUGCUUUGCCUUCAAGUAAUGCCUUCGUGAUGCUUCGAGGCAUUUCCGAUCCUGAAAUGCCUUGGCUCGGCUACAUUCUAGGCCAAACACCCGCAUCCAUUUGGUACUGGUGUGCUGAUCAGAUGAUGGUUCAACGCGUAUUGGCCGCAAAAAGCCUCUCCCAUGCUCAAGGUGCUACACUGAUGGCAGGAUUCAUCAAACUCUUCCCUCUCUUUAUAAUUGUAAUACCAGGAAUGAUUAGUCGAAUUCUCUAUCCAGGUGAGUAA